AUGAAGGUCGCCGCAUCGGCGCUCCUUAUCGGAGCCGCCGUGGCAUCUGUGCCGCAACAGCAGCAGCCACUGCAAGCUCCAGACAUCGUUCAGGAAGACUUGAAGCUCGCCGGCGACAAGGCAUCAUCCUUUGCCAAGCCACUGAAGCAUCUCCAGAGCGAGCUCAAGCAUCUGACCGAAGAUGCGAGGCAGGUCUGGGACGAGGUGGCGAUGAUGUUCCCAGAGGACAUGGCCAAGGCUUCGUUCUUCAGCUCGCCGAAGAAGCACACCAGGAAGUCCAACAGCGAGUGGGACUUCCACACCUCGGGCAAAGAGCUGCAGGAGAAGUACACCGUCAACGCUCAAGGUGACAAGGAGCGUGAGAUUGAUGGCCACCUCGAGGCAUUCAACCUUCGCACCAAGAAGGUUGAUCCAAAGAGCCUUGGCGUAGACAAGGUCAAGCAAUACUCUGGAUACUUGGACAACGAGGAAGACGACAAGCAUCUCUUCUAUUGGUUCUUCGAGUCGCGAAACGACCCAAAGAACGACCCAGUGUUGCUCUGGUUGAACGGUGGCCCAGGCUGCUCUUCGCUUACCGGUCUUUUCAUGGAGCUUGGUCCCUCGUUCAUCAACAAGGACCGCGAGGUUGAGUUCAACCCAAGCAGCUGGAACGCCAACGCAUCCGUCAUCUUCCUCGAUCAGCCAGUCAACGUCGGCUAUUCCUACUCUGGUAGCAGUGUCUCAAACACCGUCGCAGCCGGCAAAGAUGUCUACGCACUCUUGACUCUCUUCUUCAAGCAGUUCCCAGAAUACUCUCACCAGGACUUCCACAUUUCUGGCGAGUCGUAUGCUGGUCACUACAUCCCAGUCUUCGCAUCCGAGAUUCUGUCCCACAAGAAGCGCAAUAUCAACCUGCAGUCUGUUCUCAUCGGAAACGGUCUGACCGAUGGCCUGACCCAGUACGAGUACUACCGCCCAAUGGCCUGCGGUGAUGGUGGCUGGCCAGCCGUUCUUGACGAGUCCGAGUGCCAAAGCAUGGACAACUCCCUCCCACGCUGCCAGAGCUUGAUCGAGAACUGCUACAAGAGUGAGUCUGUCUGGUCUUGUGUCCCAGCCAGCAUCUACUGCAACAACGCUAUGAUCGGACCAUACCAGCGCACUGGGCAGAACCCAUACGACGUCCGCGAGAAGUGCAAGGGCGGCAACCUCUGCUACGACGAACUCAACUGGAUCCAGGAGUACCUCAACCAGGCCGAUGUCAUGAAGGCCCUUGGUGCUGAGGUCGACAGCUACGACUCAUGCAACAUGGACAUCAACCGCAACUUCCUCUUCAACGGUGACUGGAUGCAGCCAUUCCACCGUCUCGUGCCCGGCAUCCUGAAGGAGAUUCCAGUCCUGGUCUACGCAGGUGAUGCCGACUUCAUCUGCAACUGGCUCGGCAAUCUUGCCUGGACCGAUGCCCUUGAGUGGCCAGGCCAGAAGAGCUACGCCAAGACACCUCUCGAGGACCUCAAGCUCCUUGAUGAUGGCUCCAAGAUUGGUGCGGUCAAGUCCUCUGGCAACUUCACCUUCAUGCGUCUGCACGCUGGUGGCCACAUGGUUCCACACGACCAGCCAGUGGCGUCGCUUGACAUGCUUAACCGCUGGUUGGCAGGUGAGUGGGUUGAGAAGCAAGGGAAGAAUACCUGA